AUGAUGCGCCCAACAGACAGCCCUACCCUGUCGGGCUCACCGUCUGUGGAGGAGAGGCGAAAGAGCGAGCACCUGGACUCUGAUGACGAGCGGCCUUCUUCAUCGAAGCAGAAGACCGACAGUCAACUGGAGACAGAUAGCAGUGUCCCUCACUCUGUGGCUUCUCCGCCUCCUCCCUAUAUCGGACGCAAGACGAACUCAGACUCAGGAGACAGAGACCUUUCAGGCUGGUCCCUCCCUAGUGACGUGACGGCUGUAGGGGCGGCCACGGAGGCGGAGGGCAAUGGCAAGGAGAAACGAACUGUUAAUGAAAGCUUCAAUAAAAGAAGCUGCCCUUCAUCUCCCGUUGACGGAGAAUCCCGUGAUGUUCAUCUAACUCAGCGCCUUAUCGUCAGUGUUUGUGUUGCCGGGAUUGUGUUCACUCUUGCUGGCUUCGAGUCAACAGCACCGCGCCCGACAGUGCAGAAUGUGGAACCGGAAUCGGGUGUUUCCUGCUCUGCGAUAGACAGCAGAUCGGGGUGUGUUAUACAGAAUCUUUUUCGUGUGCUUUUUCCGGUUGGACUCGCGGUCGGCUGUAUCUUUGGUGGUCUCCUCGGUGACAUUUGGGGAAGAAGGAGCUUGUUUUUCGUCACAGAUAUUUUCGUAGUCAGCGGCUCGAUACUCGUUGCCAGCGGACAUAACUACGGGCUGCUGCUUUCUGGGCGAGUGUUGGUUGGCGUGGGCAUUGGGGCGGGAUGCGUCGCGUAUGGAGCAUACGUGGCGGAGAUCUCACCGGCUGAAUGUAGAGGCGCCCUUCUCGCAUUGUCCCAGAUCUUCUUCAUCCUUGGAUGUCUCUCGUCGUAUGCGGUCUUCUUGAACAUGCAAGAGUAUGCUUGGCGGUACGUCGCAGGUAUCGUCGCAGCAAUUGCAGGAGGACAGUUUCUUCUUCUUCUCUUCUUCGUCCCGGAGAGCCCUAGGUGGAUGAUUCAAAAGCAGAGACCGGCGAAGGCCUUGGGAGCGCUGAAAGCUCUGGGCGAGCAGGAGAGUGACGCCGGCGCCAUUAUCAUACAGCAGGAACAAAGGACGCCUCCGCAAGUCACUCGACAAGCUCAUAGAUAUUGCCAUGAAACCGGCUCACUGCUAGUCGUGGCCCAUGGGUACCAGUUUCUGACUGCUCUGGGGUGCGCCUUCUUUGCGGCCGUCGUAGGAUCCAGUUUCGUGGGUCAGCCUCACAACAUCAGUAUUGCUCAGACAGUCGUCUGCGAUGUUCGCCUCGUUUGUAUUGCGACAGGAGCAGCGAAGGGGCUAGGAGUCUUCAUUGCUCUCCUUCUCGUCGACAGACCGUACUGUCCAAUCGUGUUGUGUUACGCUUUUUCCUUCGUUUCGUUCCGCGUGGUUCAGAUUGGUUUCUUGUGGCACAACCGGUUGGCGAAUUACACCGUCCGUUCGACUGGAACAGAGGUCCUCACUCCUUGCUCGGGACCAGGAGCCGGAACGGGUUUCAUGCCGCCUGUGGCCCUCAUAGUUGUCGGCCUCCUCCUCGCGGUCCUUGGGCAGAAUCUCGGGUGGUCGACGCUUCUCCUAGGGGUUGUUGCGGAGAAGGCCGAGAUUGCUUUCUUGACAAUUUGGCUCCAGAUGGGUGCGCCCCGUCAUGGCUAA